AUGAGUGGAGCCAGGGCUAGUGGUGGGCGCAACCAAGGCUACCGAGAAAGGCGCGGUGGCCAGGAAAACAGCGCAGGGAGGCUAGGGUCCAUCGGCUGGUGGGGAGGCCUAGGGCCAUCUGGUGGCCGCAAGCGAGUAGUGAAGGGCCAAGGGCCAGGGAGUCACGGAAGCAAUGUUUCUCCUGGUCUUCCAGUGAAAGAAAUCCCGGGGUCCUAUGGCCUGCCCUUAGUCGGCUCUCUCGUCGACCGCUUCGACUACUUCGUCACGGAAGGCGCCGAGAACUUCUUCAAGACCCGCAUACACAAAUACAAGAGCACUGUAUUAAGAGUAAACAUGCCGCCUGGUCCGCCCAUCGUAUCGGACCCCCGGGUGAUAAUGCUCCUGGACGCCAAGACCUUCCCCACUCUCUUCGGCCUCACCAAAGUCGACAAGAGAGACGUGCUCACCGGAGCCUACAUGCCCAGCACCGAUUUCACCGGCGGCUACAGGACAGCUGUCUACCAAGACCCCUCUGAAAAAACUCACGGCAAGCUCAAGGCCUUCUGCUUCGAGGUGCUGAAGAUGUCCCGCCCAAGGAUCCUGCCCGAAUUUGCCAGGGCAUUCGAAGAGCUGUGCGUUGAAGUCGAAAAGGAAUUCGAGAAAGAAGGCAAGGCGUCUUUCAGCGGGCAGGUCGACGAUCUGAUAUUCAAUUUUCUCUGCCGGGCUCUCGUCGGGGUAGAUCCAGUGGCCCCUGGCCCGGGCAGUCUGGUGACCGAAGGACCCACCUAUGCGACCACCUGGCUCGCGCCUCAAGUUGCCCCAAUCGCUAGCUCUGGCGUUUUGCCCAAGGUUCUCGACGAGCUCACAAUACACUCAAUUCCACUUCCCUUCGCUCUCGUCUCCGGGAACUAUCAGAAGCUUUAUGAUUUCAUCGACAAGCGCGGAUCGCCAGUUCUCGAUAUGGCAGUUAAAGACAUGGGUAUUCCAAGAGACGAGGCCUGUCACGACCUCCUCUUCAACCUCGGCUUCAACUCCUUCGGUGGAAUGCUCAUCUUUUUCCCCAGUAUUGUCAAUUGUAUUGCCAAGGCGGGCGGAGAUUUGCAUAGAGAGAUCGCUAUAGAAGUGCGCGGAGCAAUGGAGGCAAACGGAGGGCUGAAUAUGAAGGCGUUGGAGUGCAUGCCGCUUGUGCGCUCUGUGGUGUACGAAGUGCUGAGGAUGGAGCCACCUGUGCCGUUGCAGUACGCGCGGGCAAAGAGGGAUUUCAUGGUGGAGUCGUACGAGGCGCAGUAUGAGAUAAAGAAAGGAGACCUGCUUGGUGGGUAUCAGCCUCUGGCUACAAAGGAUCCUCGUGUUUUUGCCAAUGCCGAGGAGUUUGUCCAAGGGAGGUUUCUUGGAGAGGAAGGGGAGAACCUUUUGGAGUAUGUGCUGUGGUCUAACGGGCGGGAGACAGAGGAGGCGACAGCUGCUAAUAAACAGUGUGCUGGGAAGGAUAUUGUUGUUAUGGUCGCCAGGCUUCUUGUGGCGCAUCUCUUUCUUCGCUAUGAUUCUUUCGCUGUUGAUGAAUCCUCGUCCUCCGCCAUUUUUACACAGCAGGUAUUUGGAACAAUCCUGAGGGACGGCUGUAGUUCUUUUGCUUCUUAGGCUUUUUCGAAAAUGUAAAUCUGGGCACAGGGCAACUUCCCUGACCAAAUAAUGAAUAGAAAGA